CUCGUGGCCUUCGUCUUCCAGGAUAUGCUUGCGCUCAUGCGCGCAUUUCUCGCUCUUGUUGCGUGCACCGCCUGCUCCGGCAUUCGCCUCGACAACCCGGCUCUGGCGAGCCCUGGCGCGAUGGCGGAUAAAGAGUUGGAUUCGCGGCCGGUCCCUGUUCCUAUUGCCAGCAUUGCCGAGGCAGCGAGAGCUCGUCAUUCGACGGGCGGAAUUCAGUUCAUCUUGCCAAAGUAUCUCGGGACAGUGCCGUGCAACCGCAGCGGACUGGGCGUUAGCGGGUACCACGUCCAUGAAAUCGUGCAGAGUAUCAAGACCGACGGCCUUUCCAGGAGGAGGUAUCGUGAUGCGACCGUGGUGAAGGUGCCAACGGCCAGCCUCGACGAGUUUCGCGAAUACAACAGGCGCAUGUGCGACGGCGAUGACUUACUGCCCCCCUUCGACAGUAGCAUGCGGUAUGCCUUGCUGACGAAAAACCAUUUCGCACACGCGCUCAAGCUCUACGACUGCCGCUCGCACUUCUUGAAUGGGACCCGCGAGGUCAUCGAGCCAAGCCCACAUGACAAAUUAUCCCAACAUCUGGCGGAAGGAAUGGCAUGUGAAGUGAUGCGCGAGGACUUAUGGGCGGAUUCCGAAUCCCUGGAAGCCCUCGUGGGCGAAGACAACAUGGACGCGAGCACCGACUUAGCUUCGUCUGAGAUCGAGGCUGGCGGAUUUUCGGUUUAUAAUUUACACACGGCUACGCGCAAAACAUCUAUUGGCAAUUCGCUGUCAUUGCCAAGAGUCCCUGGGUGUCAACAAGGUCCUAUCCAGAUAUUGCGCGCUGUGCGACACUAGGGUGGACCCAGCCACCGCAAGCAUCUUCAGCAUUUUCGGCUCCGGCGGUCAUGCCGCCGCCUGUUCUGCUAAUGAUCUUCGGGUCAUAGUGUACGACGCGGUUUUCAGCUACACGGCGUCGGGCGAACUUGUUUUGUCUCACACCAUUGUUGUCUUUCCAGGAUGGUUGAUUGUUAUGGUGUCGGUGAAAAGGCG